GCACGAGAAGGAUUGCGUAAGAGAAGAAUCUGCGGCAUCCCUCCCCCACCUUCCUGGGAUCUUCUCUUUCUCCGUUCGUCCGGUGUGGGAGCCCCGGAAAAGAGGGGCUCUCAAGGAGCCCCCCCUCGUUCCUGCUCGAUCUCUAAAGCCAUAUAUAUACCACCACUUCGUGGUGGCAUCCUUCGAGAAAGAACUUUGCCCGUAACACCGCGGGGAGCGAACCUCGCGGGCGGCGGAGGUCCAGCGGGUCGGCUGCCGUCGAGUGCAUUGUGCCGAUACGUUAGAAAUCGAUACCGAGAUCCCGAAGAUAAAUGAACACCACGUGGGGGGACGCUGGAGGAUUAAGCUGAUCUUUUGCGCAAAACAAGAUGAUUUCGCGGUACCAAAUUUUGUGCCCGCUCCUGGUGCUCGCCACGGUUCUGCUGUAUCGAGCGAUGGCGCAAGUAGACGGUUACACGCCUGGUGUAGAUUAUCCGAUCUACGACUCGGUGCCUUUCGGUCUCACGUUUACCUGCGGAGGCAAGUUACCUGGUUAUUACGCCGAUCCCGAAGCUAGAUGUCAGGUUUGGCAUUGGUGCUUGCCAAAUGGGCGCAUGUUUAGCUUCCUUUGUCCAAACGGUACCGUUUUCAGCCAGUCAGCUCGCGUCUGUGAUUGGUGGUUCAAGGUUGAUUGCAACGAUUCGCCAAGACUGUACGGUAUCAACGAUGACCUGUACAGAGACGUGAACGGGAACAAGAUUUAAUAACUGUUAUCUGUGAAUAUUUAAACGCGUGUCGACGAAAAGUAUUUCCGUCACUUCGACGAGAGAGUAUUUCAACGGAAGCAAGAUGCGUGCAACGAGUUGCGAGUUUCUAGCUUGCCGACGGAGAAAAGCAGAGCGCUGUAAUAUUGUCAGACGAUUAAAUUACACGAUAACGAUGGACGUUACAAAAUGCUCGAACUUGUAGCUACAUUUUCGAACCAGUUAAAAUUUUUCCGAGAAAUAAUCCAAAUAACUCUUAAUCUCUUUAUAACAAAUUUGAUUCCUCAAUAAAGAACAACAGAUGCAUUAACCUUU